GCCGGGCCGAGUAGAGAGCGCUCCCGAGUCGACACCCGAUCGCACCCGAAGUCGCUCGGCUACACCCGAAGUUGACCCGAAGGCACCCGAGGGGGACUUUCCGCUGGGGAGUACACUUGCACGCUUGUUUGUCGGUUAGGGAUCCUUCUUCCCGGAAACCCUGCUUACUUGGGUUGAUUCCGUGACGCACGGGGUGCAGCGCGAAGACCCCACCACUCUCUUGUAGACGAGCAGCCUGAAGUUAAGAAGAACAUGAAUUCCGCUGAGGACUACCGCACCGCAAUGGAAGACCAACGGAGGUCUCGGCGACUGGAAGCUAAGCGCGGCGCCCUGGUGGACGUCCUCCCCGACGAGAUCCUGACCCAGGUGUUCAGCAACCUGUCCGACGGCCGCACCCUGCUGGACACACUGCCCUUGGUGUGCAAGCGGUGGUGCCGCGUGGCGCGCGACCCCGCUUCCUGGGCAGGUGUGCGGCUGGUGGUGAAGAACGACGUGGCUGACGAGGCCCGCAUCUUGCGGCGCGCGCCCGCUGCCAGGUCCCUGGAGAUCGAGGCGCGCUGGGCGCGGCGCUGCUUCACCAGGAAGUCCUACGUGCGGAAGCAGUACGCAGCGGGGGGCCGCUACGGCCCCAUCAACCGCUGCCGGCUGCGCGCCGCGCUGCGCUUCAGCAACGUGACAGUGCGGGAGAGCGUGACGAUCCUGGAGAAGGGCUGGUGGGUGGCCAAACUGCCGAAGCUCUGCUGGCCGCAGUCCGCCGCCAAGACGCCCAAGUCGAGCAUCGCGCGCUUCCUGGCGCGGCAGCCGCAGCUGCGGGAACUGCGCCUGCUGCUGGCCGCGGAGGCCGAGGGCGCGGCGAGCCUGGCCGCCAUCGCGCGGAUGCGGCGCCUGCAGACGCUGGAGCUGGUGACGCUGCCCGGCGCGGCUGAAACGUCGCCCACCUCUUCCUUCCAGGACGCCGGCAGCCGCCCCAGGCCCGUCGGCCAGGACGCCGUCGGCGCCGUGCGCCGCGCCUUCGAGCUCGCCCUGCAGAUGAAGACCCCCGCGCUGCGCUACGCCGCCGUGUCGCUCUGCCGAGGGGAGCACGGCAGGUUCUCGUUCCUGUCCCAGUCCGAGUUCGUCGCCGUGCGCGACGAGUUCGCCCUCCAGAUGCCGGACGUGGUGGUGGAACUGCUCGUCGACGGCCCUUCCUGCGCUGAGUGUGGCUACAGCAAAGCCUGUCCCGGGCUGGGCUGGAAUGGCGAAGCCAACUCGGAUGAUGACGAUGACAGUGAUGCUUACUACUAG